CGUCACCGGAACAAACAGAAGAAGAAGAAUCCACUUCCGCCGACGGAUGCACAGCGGCAAUGUGUACAACAGCUAGCGUUAGCUGGCUUCACCAUUACUCGCAUCGCUGAAGACAUUACAAUAUGCAAGCCGUCUAAGUGGAAACGGUCUAGAUAGACAUACUCCUUUUCUCCUUAUUUUUAGCCUGAGAAAAACUGUUCAAGCAAGCGCAGCGCUGGUACGCUAACGAGCACUAGCCAGAGUAAGCUAGCAUUACCGAACAGACACUUCAAGAUGGACGAAGCUGCUGCCUCGGCGAUCAACCAGGACGGAGUUGAAAACAACCCGCGUGAUGGAGACACAGCAUCUGGAAACAACGUUUUACAGUCGGCUGAGGCCACCGCUGAUCGGGUAUUCUGCUGUCGUGAUUGUGGAGAGGGCUUCAGGGAGGAGGCAGCAUACUUGGAGCAUCAACAUCAGCACCAACAACAAAGCGUCUGUUUAGUCAACCAUUUGGACAGUUUACAUACUGCAAAAAAGGACGAUGAAACAGUUAAUUACUGCACGUGGUGUUUGUUGUCAUUUGUUGAACCAAGUGAAUUUCUCUCGCACAUGGAGAAGAGCCACGGUCAGACCUCUCAAAAGGAGUCUAGUAUUAAAACGAAUCCCGGGACAACCAAGCAACACACCUAUGAAUGUCCAGACUGUGGGAAGUGUUACGGUGUGAUUGGACACUUCCUCAACCAUCAGCGCUCACACAGACAAGCCUCAAAAUCUGUUUUCCACGACCUUGAACAUUUAAAAAAGAAGUCGUUCCAGUGCGAGUCCUGCGGGCGGAAUUAUUCUCGCGCCUCCGCUCUUGAUGCACACCGCCGCUGUCAUGAGGAGAAGUUAGUUAAAUCACGAAACAGGAGUUCAGGCGAUGCAUUCCACGCUGAGGAGUCUCAUGUUGAAGCCAAGCCCAGAGACAAUCUGACGGUUGAUACUCCUGAGAAAACCUUUAAGUGUUCAUGUGGGAAAGCUUUUGAGGCUCUGUUGCGCCUUAAAACACAUCAGCGGUUUAGCCGCAACAGUCAGUGCUCGCCAGAAGAAAUGAAAGACAAACCAAAGAAAAGCUGCAAUGAGUUUUACUGUGCCGAGUGCAAAAAGGCUUUCAGUGGCCAUAUCGCCCUCUUCAACCAUCAGCGAUGGCAUUCCAAUCACGCGAAUGAUCCUGCUAACAGGUUCCCAUGUGAGGAAUGUGGUAAAGUAUUUAUGACUCAAACAUUCUACUACAGGCAUCAGCGCACGGCGCACAGUGACGAGACCCCGGCAAAGUCGUUUCUUCAUCAGGUGUGUCAGCUGCAGAAGAAGGCGUUUGAAUGUGUUGAUUGUGGGCUGAAGUUUUCCAGGGCCUCAGCGCUUCACUCCCAUCAGCUUCAUCACACAGAUGUUUUCAGAGAAACGGAAAAGGAGGCUCCAAUGCAAACCUCUCCACCAGCUCCCCAGGAAACAACGGAAAGCGAAGCAAAAGAGCCUGAGCCGGUCACGGUGGAGUCGGAGAAUGUCCUUUCUACCAGUGUGGCCGAAGAAGACAUAAAUGAUGAGGAUGUGGAGAGUUAUGACCCCGGGGACUUCAAUGUACAGGUGAUCAGUGCGAGCGAAUCAGAGGACGAUCCCACCCAAGACCUGAAUCCCGACCUCGAGCUGCUCUGUGAAUCCGAUCAGGAAGUAAGAGAUGACGGCGACAUUGGAGCUCCAAAACCAGAGAUGCAUUUUAAAAUUGUGGAAAUUGACUUUGAGCAAACCGACGAGCAGAGUGCAGCGAGCGAAGCUGAGAAUAAAGCGCCCGGGGAAAGAUUUGAUUGUCCCGACUGUUACCGCUGGUUUUCUAGCCCUGCAUCGCUGCGCGUUCACAGAAUGUGGCAUGGCGGCCGUAAACGAAAACGGCCGACGCAAGGUCAGUCAGUGGCAGCUCACGCAUGUGGCCAUGAGCCCAACAGCUAUGCAGCACAUUGCAGUGACAUUCAACAGCACGAGUCUCAGAACACAAAUAAUGAUCAGGCGAAAAUUCUGUCGUGUAAUGAGUGCGGCAAAUGCUUCACACAGUUGUCUGCUUUGGUCUCUCAUCAGCUGCACCAUCCCAAAGCAGCACAAUAUCAGUGCCCGGAUUGCAUGAUGUCUUAUUCGCAUGCUGCUGGCUUGUUCAACCACACGAGAAACUGCGCCGCACAAAAGAAGGGGAACAUCUCGGUCAUUAAGAAAGAAUACAAUCCCAAGAAAACCCUUCUUGGCCCGAAGAUUUAUCAUUGUGAGCAGUGCGGGAAGGGCUUUUGGUCUCUCGGAGCUUACUCCCACCACAAGCAGAGUCCGGCUCAGUGCACAGAUUUGAAGCCAAGAAAAGAUGUCAGGAGCUCCGCGCACUCAGUCAACGGACACCCACGCUUCAAGGUUGCAUGUCCAGUGUGCGGUAGGAAGUUCCGACACAAGGGAAUCAUGGCUUUGCACAUGCGAAAACACGAAAAUGGAAACCACACGUGCGAACUCUGCAACAGGUCAUUUCGUCUUUUCUCGAGCCUCCUGAGACACCAGGUCGUGCACAAUGACCAGCUUCUCCCACCGCCUAUUAAGUCCUUCCAGCAUCAGGUGGAGCAGUUGAAGAAGAACACGUACAGCUGUCCCGACUGCGGGAAGCUGUUUUCCCGGGCCAAAGCACUUCAGUUUCACAUGAAGAGCCACGGGUACGAGACUGGACGCUCGCCAUCGUCGCCGAGAUCCACGGCCCUGCUGGAGGAUCUUCAGUGUGCGACGUGCCUUGCGCAUUUCAACAACAAGGCCUCUCUUCGGGCUCAUCAAAAACUUUGCAUUAAACGAGACAGUCAAGCAGUUCGUUGCAAGACAGAACCCUCAGAAAAUCAUGACAGUCUAACUUUGCCAAAAAAUAAUAUGGCUGCUACUCUGGAAUGCCCUCAGCAUAUUGCAGUACAUGCUAAAGUUAAGCAUGAAAUGGACCUCGUGGAGCAUGACAUGGAAAACCCAACACACGAAGGCGCCUUAAAGAACCCACGUACGACCAAUUUAAAAUACAAAUGCAAAAAGUGUGACAGGAGCUUCUCCGUGGUCGGAGCUUUGAAUUUUCACAAAAGAGUUCACACCGAGGAUUACAAAUCCUUAGCAAAAGCGAAACGGGCUAUGCCUGCCAUGCUCAAAAAACCCAAGCAGGAAGAGGCAAGCAAAGGACUAUUUCACUGCGCAGAAUGUGGCCGGCGAUUUCUGUCCAACUCGGCCCUCGGCUCCCACAAAAGAUGGCACAAAGAAAAGAAACUGUCACGGCCCGCAGCUGAGGAUUUGAAAUCGCUUUGCCACAAGGUGGAAGAAGGACCUUUUCAGUGCCCCAAAUGUCGCAAACAGUUUUUCAACCAUCGUGUUUUCCGACGCCACCAGAUAUUUAAUCAUCUGUGUCACACCCAAACCGCCCCACGCACUGAUCCAGGUGUCGCCAGCGAGUUUUCCUGCCCAGAAUGCUACGAAACUUUCGAUAGCGGUUCGCUUCUCGCUGCCCAUUGCGAAAAUGUGCACAGUCGCACUGCGGAUCAUCAAGGCCCGGAGCCGGUUGACGUCAACCUGAACGGGCGGGAGUCCACGUCAUCGACCACUUUGAGGCCAAAAGCCCACCAGUGUCCCCUCUGCACUAUGACCUUUGCUAAAGCAAGAGGUCUCCGCGCCCACAGGUGGCAGGCCCACACGAAGCGGACCAAAGGCAAGAGCAAGGCUCCGCCCGCCAUCAAAUCCGAGUUUGUCGCCUCAGGAGGUGACGUCGUGCAGUCGCCCACGGGGAAAACUAAAGCAAAGAAGGAAAUCCGACCAGACCCCCCGUUUGCAAAACUCAUCUUGUGCCUCGACUGUGGGAAGCAGUGCGGUUCCCCGGGCGUCCUCCUCGACCACAAAAAGGUGUGCCCUGAGAUGAGGCACGAGUGUAAACGGGAGACUCCGAAUCCUGAAACCGCGGCUGAGGUUCCCCCGCCGUUCAGCCGCCUGUCGGAGCACACGGCCAAGUGCCUCUUCAAAUGCGACAAGUGCGGCAAAGCUUUCCAGACCGAGGAGCAGCUGGGAGCCCACAAGACCAAGGCCAGGAGCCGGCCCUAUUGUUGCGCCCUGUGCUGCCACGGCUUCUGGACCGAGAGCCAGCUGCAGCAACACCUGACCUGGCACGACGAGGUGCGCUAUCGUCUCCCCAACGAGGUGCGCUUGAGGCUCAGCGCCGCCAUGAGCGCCAUGCCUCUGAAAGCCGACCAUAGCAGGAUGUCCUGGAUACUCAGCUCAGACGGCCAGUUGCAAAGUAGCCACAAGUGCCAACACUGUGGCAAGGCCUUCCUCUCACCGACUGCGUUGCAAAGGCACGAAAACCAGCACUGCAACAACGACUCCUAUCACUGCUCCAUUUGCCCCCGGACCUUCAGCGAAAUACAGGACCUUAUCGACCAUCACCAGGAAUGUGUGGGCGAGGACAGGGGGCAGGGUGAUGCCCCUGCUGCUGUCUCCUCAGGAGAUCCCAAUGGCCUUACUUGCCUUGAAUGUGGAACUACUUUUUGUCAAGAGACCGAUUUGCACCUGCACUGUAUUGAACACACCCAUGGGGUGAAUUUAACUAUACAACCUGGAAAGAGAUGAAGUGGACACAUCAGAUUGUGGAUUUCUUUUUUUUGAGCGGAGGGGGGGUAGGUAGAGGUUUUUUCUGUGUUAGACAUGUGCUUAGGCUUGCUUUCCCUCGUUAUUUCUGAAUUGUUUGAGAUUCUUAUAUAUAUAUAUAUAUAUAUAUAUAUUAGUACCAGUCAAAAGGGUGGACACUCAACUUUUGACUGGUACUGUAUAUAUUUCUAAAAGCAGGGUUUCCGCUACACUGGAUUAGUAAAAGUAAAAUGUUUAAGAAUUACCCCUUUCUAUAAACUAGUAUUGACAUUUUAAAGUUCAUGAAGCAUUGAAAAACUCUGCACAACUAAUGUACUAAUUUGAAUUGUGUCAUUUUGGAAGCCGAAAGUGUUGCAGAGAUUUACUAAAUAUAUCAAAAUGUGCACUGCUGUCACUGGUAUUGUAUAUUACAUACAAUACAUAUUGCAUUGCUGUAUAAGCUACCGUAUUUCCUUUUUUUGUGUUCUAUUUCUAAAUGAGAGGAAAAGCUAUUUCUUUUUACUACGACUAGAAUAGUGCUAGAGGAUAGUCAGUUUACUGUUCCACUUAUGGAUUGGGAUAAGGUAUUUACAGUAUGUAGUAAGAAGUGUACAAGAGAUGUUACUUUGUGUUCAUUUAUGAACGCUUCUUUUCCCCAAGAUGACCAAUGUACCGUUUGACUACUUGUUUAACUUGCUGUUUUCUAAAACAAAGGAGAAAUAAAGUGCUCUGAAAAAUGUAAAUAAAUGCUUAGUUUCUGUGUGAAUAACUGUGUUGUGUGACUCAUUUAACCUCUGUUUGGUCAAUAUUCUUGUUUGUGAAGAAGCCAUUAUUCUGCUUCCUUGUUACUUAUUUUUGUCCCAGACUUCUAACUUGUAGUACUGGUCAUGAAUUAUGUUUUUAACAGGCCAUGUUUAUUUUAUCUAAGGGAAGGGGCUGUACAAGUCAUAUAAUGAAAUGGUAAAUUCCAUUUCAAUAGUAAGAUGUACUACUUUUUCCUCUGAUCUUAAAUUAUUUUCAGUCUGUUUCCUACUAUAGUAUUUCCAAAUUCAUAAUUCUUUUAGUGGCACAAAGUACAGAUUUAGAUGAGUUACUUUCAACACUUCACUCACGAUUGCAUCUGUGAAGGAAGAGAAGAACUCCGACUCAAUCUUGUAAGUUUCACAUUGAACAUUGGCAACUUUACCAGUAAUAGCUGCACACUUUCUGAAU